AUGGCCAAGUCCAAGAACCACACCAUACACAACCAGUCCUGCAAAUGGCACAAAAAUGACAUCAAGAAACCCUGGUCACAAAGAUACAAAUCGCUUAAGGGGGUUGAUCCCAAGUUCCUGAGGAACAAGGAUGUAGAAGGCCUGAAGAAGUACAAGUCAACAAUGCAAAUAGCAGUGAGCACACUCACAGAGAUCAUCAAGGCCUGUGGGAAGCCAAAGGUGGUUAAGCCCAAAAUGCCAAAGGGCCCUAGACACAAACUCAUCUGUCUUGCUUUCAUCAUUUACCACAAGCUUUGGAAGUGGAUUUGA